AAUUUGUUUUGGAAUCUCGUUGAGCGAAGACAGAAUGAAGUUGUGCUUUUCAUUUUUUUUAAUUUUAUGCCUUGCUUCUGAAGCAAUGCUCCAAUUGCAAGUAUUUUCAAAGAAAAACGUGACAGACUGUUCAUCUGGAACGUGCAUUGAUUAUUGUGAAUUAUGGGGAGAAAAAGUUCUUCCAGGAAAGUCCAAAGUUAUCGGAUGUUCGGAAUUGAGUUGCUCUAAAGAUUUCAGUGCGACGAUUGUCGGUUGUGCUUUGCGAAAAUCUAGUUGGUGCUUUAAAUUUGAGGAUGACUUAACUUUGCCAUACCCAGAAUGCUGUAACGCAAAAUGUUUAGAACUUCAACCCGGUGCUACAAAGCCCGAGCAUGAUGAUGGUCUUUCAUAAAUUUCUCACUCUUUUUUCCUAUAACA